GUUGGGGAGGUGCCCCUUGCUCGCUCGCUCGCUUUCUCCUCCUCCCCCACCAUGGACAUGGAUGGAAAAUAAAAGGAUUUCACCUUUAGUCAUGUCACCUCUCACCUCGCACUCAACAGUGUCUCCCUCUUCCCCCCCUCUUUCACCUAAAAGCCCUAACAGUGCUGCACCUCUGUAUCUGUCCUACCGUCUCCCCCCUCUCUCUCUCUCUCUACGUCCCUGCUCCAUCUCUCACUCACUUCACAGAUCCCCCCCUUUUUUAGGCCAAACAAUCCAUCCACCGCACCCUGUACCCCACCUAAAAAUAGCAGCGGCAGCAUGCCAAUGCAAUCCCUUCAAGGCUAUUCCAGCACAUGAAGAAGGUUUCGUGUUCGAACAACAAGCUCUGGCCAGCUGCAGCAGGAGCAGCUUAGGUCAGAUUAAUGGACCUAUGAGCAUAGCAACGACCACUACUGCUGCUACUUGAGGACAGGAGGGAUUCUCGAGCCAGUUUCUUCACCUCCCGCCGACGCUCCCUCGAAAAAGGGAUCAGCCGCGCCCCGCCGUGAGGAAAGGUUGAUCCAUGGACCUGUCGCCAAACCCCGAGAGCCCGAAUGCCCCGGGCGGCGGUGGCGGCAGCGGCAGCGGAGCCGGUGGAUCUAGCGGCGGUGGCGGGGCGUCCUCGUCGGCUGGGGGUGGAGGCACGCCGCAGACGCCCAGCCGGUACGAGGCGCAGAAGCGGCGGGACUGGAACACGUUCGGGCAGUACCUGCGGAACCACCGGCCGCCGCUGAGCCUUGCGCAGUGCAGCGGCGCGCACGUGCUGGAGUUUCUGCGGUACCUGGACCAGUUCGGCAAGACCAAGGUCCACACUGCGUCGUGCCCCUUCUUCGGCCACCCGAACCCGCCGGCGCCCUGCCCCUGCCCACUGCGUCAGGCGUGGGGGAGCCUCGACGCGCUCGUGGGACGCCUUCGCGCCGCUUUCGAGGAGCACGGCGGCCGCCCCGAGUCAAACCCCUUCGCCGCCCGCGCGGUCCGCCUAUUCCUCCGCGAGGUCCGCGAGCACCAGGCUCGCGCGCGCGGCGUCAGCUACGAGAAGAAGAAGCGCAAGAAGCCGACGCCUGAUGACGCCAGCGGUAGCGGCAGCCACCAGCCUCUACCCCCGCCGCCGCCGCCCCCCGCCGGUGCGGCCUGCUGAGGAGGAGAGGGGACAUGUACUGCGCACGUGCCCAUUUGGUAUGCCGGACCGAUGAUGAGCAUAUUUUAUGUAGGUCUCGAUCGAUUAAUUGCUUGUGCAUGCAUGCAUUGAUGUUUUACUACCAUUCUGCCGGGCUUAAGAUCUAGACUAGCUAGAUGAUUCAGACUUUUAUUGAUCGUGCUACGUACGUACAUUUGCUAGUUAUUUGCUUCUGCUUUCUACUUCCAAGCUUUCUCCACCUUAAUUUUUGUCUUGAACUUUGUUCUUCCAAGUAAGUGAAUGCCAUUGACUGAUCAUUGGAUUACGCA